AACUGGACGUACAUUCGCAUCUUGGCAAUGGCAUCAGCUCACUGGCCGAGCGACUGACUCGCGUUUGCCACUUCUGCCACAUUUUGGCCCGCCUGUGUGUAUGUGUGUGGGCCCAAUCAGUAAUCAGUGUCCGUGUGCGGCGGUAGUGGUGUCCCUGCGUGCGGUGGUGUAUGUGCUUGUGUGUGUUGGCCAACUUUAAACGCCCUUAUCAGCGCGCGUGUGAAGCAUGAGCUUGGUGCAAACAAAGUUUUGGCGGCAUUUUCAAUUAAUGACAAUGCCAAUGCCAGCAAAAGCCAGCGAGAAAUUCACAAAAAUGUCCAGAGAAUAAAGAAAACUUUAUUUCAACGCGACAAAAAAAACUGUUAAAAAUACAAUGCAGACACCAGAGGAAGGCAAUCGGAUGUGAAAUUUACUUCAAGGAUAUGAAAAUAGCCAUCAAAUGGGCCAUAAACACACGACAGCAAACGGAAGAGCUUAAAUAAACCAAAAUGAGUACAAAACAUCAGUAGCGAGCAACAAAGCCAAAGUCGGCAACAAUCAACAGAACAAAAGCAACACUGCCACACAGAGAAAUCUAAAGAAAACAUAAAAAAAAAGAAAAGAGCACAAAUAAGAGGAAGUCGAAAAGAAAAGUGAAAGCCAAAAGCCGAAAUUGUAAACGCUCCAUGUAAACACUCGAAAGCUCGUUAGGAUAAUACAUCCUGCCCGGCACCGAGCACACGCUGGAACAAAAAGCGCCACCCGAGGAGAAAGUGGGGAAAGUGCGGCAAAUAGGGAAAGUGGGGAAAGUGCGGCAAAUAGGGAAAGCAGGGAAAGCAGUGAGAGUAGCGAAAGUGGGGAACGUGGGGAAAGUGUCACCAUGUCCCGUACCGCCUGUCUGAGUGGCCGCCAGCUGAAACAACGGCACCAUCCCAAAUGCCCGCCCACCCACACAGACACACACAUGCGCCAGGAGGCCAUUGCCAUUGCUGUUGCCUUUACCGUUACCGUUACCGUUGCCGUUGCCGUUGCAUAGUCGCGCUUCCGUUUCCGUCAACUCCUCAUUUCCGCUGCGGCUGCAAUUAAGCGAAGCGAAGCAUCCCGAAAAACACACCGAGUAUCCACAAAAUGGCGCACGAGACCAGCUUUAAUGAUGCGCUUGACUACAUUUACAUCGCGAAUAGCAUGAAUGACAGGGCCUUUCUGAUUGCCGAACCGCAUCCCGAACAGCAGAAUGUCGAUGGUCAGGACCAGGACGACGUGGAGCUGGAUGAGCUGGAGGACAUUCCGGUCACGGAGGAUGGACAGCUGGAGGACACAAACAACAACAACAGCAAGCGCUACUACAGCUCCGGAAAGAGACGAGCGGAUUUGAUAGGCUCCCUGGCGCUGAAACCACCGCCCACCGAUGCGAACACCACCACCGCCACCGGCUCACCACUGGCCACCGCCGCUUUGGCAGCGGCAGCCGCCAGUGCCUCGGUUGCGGCAGCAGCUGCCAGGAUCACGGCCAAGGCGGCGCACAGGGCACUGACCAGCAAGCAGGAUGCCACAUCCUCGCCAGCAUCCUCGCCGGCCCUCCAACUGAUCGACAUGGACAAUAACUAUACGAAUGUCGCAGUCGGACUGGGUGCCAUGCUGCUAAACGAUACGCUUCUCCUCGAAGGCAACGAUUCCAGUUUGUUUGGCGAGAUGCUGGCCAACCGGAGUGGCCACCUGGAUCUGAUCAACGGCAGUGUUGGGCUUAAUGUGACCACCAGCAAAGUGGCCGAGGACGACUUCACGCAGCUGCUGCGAAUGGCCGUCACAUCGGUGCUGCUUGGCCUAAUGAUACUGGUCACCAUAAUUGGCAAUGUCUUUGUCAUAGCGGCCAUUAUCCUGGAGCGGAAUCUGCAGAACGUGGCCAACUACCUGGUGGCCUCAUUGGCCGUCGCCGAUCUCUUCGUGGCCUGCCUAGUGAUGCCCCUAGGAGCAGUAUACGAGAUCAGCCAGGGCUGGAUACUUGGUCCGGAAUUGUGCGAUAUCUGGACUUCGUGCGAUGUCCUCUGCUGCACUGCCUCGAUUUUGCAUCUGGUGGCCAUUGCCGUGGAUCGUUACUGGGCGGUGACCAAUAUAGAUUACAUCCACUCGCGGACCAGCAAUCGCGUCUUCAUGAUGAUCUUUUGCGUUUGGACGGCGGCGGUGAUUGUCUCCUUGGCGCCACAGUUCGGCUGGAAGGAUCCCGAUUAUCUGCAGCGCAUCGAGCAGCAAAAGUGCAUGGUCUCGCAGGAUGUUUCCUAUCAGGUAUUUGCCACCUGUUGCACAUUUUACGUGCCACUGCUGGUCAUCCUGGCGUUGUACUGGAAAAUCUAUCAAACGGCCCGCAAACGCAUCCAUCGUCGUCGACCGCGACCCGUCGAUGCGGCGGUCAAUAAUAAUCAGCCGGACGGAGGUGCGGCAACAGAUACGAAACUUAAUCGACUGCGUCUACGCCUCGGCAGAUUCUCCACGGCCAAAUCCAAAGCCGGAAGUGCCGGGGGCGUCUCAGGACCCGCAUCCGGGGGCAGGGCUCUGGGCCUGGUCGAUGGCAACUCAACGAACACGGUCAACACCGUCGAGGACACCGAGUUUAGCAGCUCGAAUGUGGACAACAAAAGUCGGGCAGGCGUCGAGGCACCCAGCACAUCUGGCAGCCAGAUAGCCACCGUUUCGCACCUGGUUGCGCUGGCCAAGCAGCAGGGCAAGUCCACAGCCAAAUGCACAUCCGCCGUCAACGGGGUGGCCCCAUCGGGCAGGGAUGAGGAUGAUGGCGUCCAGCGACCAGAACGCGGGGAGCAGGAGCAGGAUCGCGAGGAGCAGGAGGAGCGGGAAGAGCAGCUUAACCCGCAGCCCACAACCGCAACAUCAGCAACGACAGCGGCAGACACCAACGAGGUGGAGGAGCAGUGCAAGGCCAACGGGGUGGAGGUGCUGGAGGAUCCGCAGUUGCAACAGCAGCUCGAACAAGUGCAGCAGCUGCAGAAGUCGGCCAAAUCGGGCGGUGGAGGUGGAGGUGGAGGUGGUGCCAGUACGUCGAAUGCCACCACAAUUACGUCGAUAUCAGCGCUAUCGCCGCAAACGCCAACAUCGCAGGGAAUUGGAAUCGCCGCCGCUGCCGCUGGACCGAUGACGGCCAAAACCAGCACGCUGACGAGCUGCAACCAGUCGCAUCCGCUAUGCGGCACCGCCAACGAAUCCCCAUCGACCCCAGAGCCACGUAGCCGCCCACCGGCGACACCGCUGCAGCAACCGCAUCAGCAGGCGCAUCAGCAGCAGCAGCAGCAACUCUCCAGCAUCGCCAAUCCGAUGCAGAAGGUGAACAAGCGGAAGGAGACCCUGGAGGCCAAAAGAGAACGGAAGGCGGCCAAGACGCUGGCCAUCAUCACCGGCGCCUUCGUCGUCUGCUGGCUGCCCUUCUUCGUCAUGGCCCUGACCAUGCCCCUCUGUGCCGCCUGCCAGAUCAGCGAUUCGGUGGCCUCGCUCUUCCUUUGGCUGGGCUACUUCAACUCCACCCUCAAUCCGGUUAUCUACACCAUCUUCAGUCCGGAGUUCCGACAGGCCUUCAAGCGCAUCCUCUUCGGCGGCCACCGACCAGUCCACUACCGCAGCGGGAAGCUCUAGAUAGUGCAUGCGAAGAGGCGAAGACGCUUCUGCUAAACGGACCAGCGGAUGUUGAUCUAACCUCUUCGGCUAUAACCAGGCGAGGAUUAACGCAUCUUGUAUACCAAAGACGAUGAAGGAGAAUCAAGGACGAGGACGCAGGAUCGCGGAGCAGUCGCAUAACCAGUAGUUGUUAAGUGUGUACAUAGCAGAUUGAAUUGAAUGUUAACCUAUGCUAAUAUAUAUUGUGUUAGAUAUAGCUAAAUUUAUAGAGCCAAGUGGAGACUGUUUUUAGAAGCAAACCAAAAAGUUGAUCAUUGUGAGGGGAGAUGCCACCAAGGAAAUACAAAAUGCAAAAGUAUCUAAUCAAAAUAACUAGUACUAAGCCACCACCAAAAACACUACCGCAUAGUUGACAUAACGAGCAAUCUACUACCAAUUUGUAUGUGUUUUCCAACUUAACGUGAAUUGUAUAACUCAUAACCUUGUAAGGCGUUAGACUCUAUCUCUCUUCUCUGCUUCAGGAAAGGGACUAUAGAUCGGUAAUUGGGAAAUGGGAAAUAGGAAAUGGAAAAUGGAAAAUGGAAAAUGGGAAUCAAGGCAUUGGAAUCGUUAUAACUGAAGCGAGUACUCGAUUAUGUAUAGCCCAGCUAGAGACAUUUAAUAAGCAUAUUGCAUCGUAGACUUAAGUACAUUUGUUGAGCAUCGUACUAAACUGUAAUAUUGAUAUAGGAUCUAUAAAUAAUCGAACCGGUGGAAGCCAGUUUAAAUUUAAUUUAAACGUAUUGUUAAAGCCGCAACUAGGUAAAUUACAUUUAAAACUGUUGUACUAUUACGUAUGUAUGUAUGUUAGAUCGGUAACUAUGUGUCGAGGAUUUCUUUGAAUAAGCUGGCAUAUUACGUAUCACAUAAGCAAACAGUUCGAAUGACAUGUAAUAUUUGAUGAGCAAACUACUUUCGGGAAAAAUGGGUAAAACGUAAUUAGCUAAAAUAAACCAAAAAAAAAAACGUUAGAGCAUACACUGCAUAAUGACAUACAUAUGUAUAUGUUAGUUUAGACUAGGCGGGUAUCAUGAUGUUUUACCUUCACAAAACUACCAAGCGAACUAUUCGAAAACCAAAAUCAAAACUUUACGAAAACUUUAAGCCGACAUCAUUACCUAGCGACUAAGUGUUUGCAGAUCUGUCUAUCUUUAAUAAAAACAAAAACCAAUAGAAAUAAGCCAAGUCCCACUGGCACCAUACCUCGCAAUAAUUCGAAAGGACACACACACAGUUUUCUAGCUAAAAAUUGCCAAAGGCGGUUUCGUUUAUUUGUUGCCAUUUAAUUUUUUUAUUCUCAGUUCAAACAAAUUGGCGCGCAUUUUGAAAAGAAUUAUUGCCUGGUAUGCGAGCCGAAUUUCCGGGAAUUUCGCUAAACAAACAGCAUAAGUUAAACUAACGAGAUUACUAUAAAAUUCAUUGGCUGCAAUUUAAAUAAAAAUUCA